GCAUACAUUGAGUAGGCCUAAGCAAGCAGUCACGUAAGAGAUGCAGAUGCGCUGAAUUGAGUGCAAGGGAAGCAGUAGAAGCGCUUGUAGUUCAUCAAAAAUUUAUACUAACGAGUUGUGCUCAAAGAUGGCUACUAUGCACUGUAUGUGUGUUUAUCGUGAGAUGUCUCGCCACGCACGUUGUGGCUUUAGCCUGCAUAGACUUUUCCACGUUUCACAGAGAUUGGAGCACGAUCCAAAUUUGAAAAAGAAGAAGAAAUCUGCUAUGGACCUGGCAAAGGAAAAAAUGAGGCAGGAGAAACAAGCAGCCAAAAGAAGAGCCGAACCUAUUCUUAUUCCAGUUGAUCCUGACUCAGUUCCAGAUCCGUUGCUGUUUGAAAGUAGCAGGACCAGACUAGUGCCAGAGAUGUCACCUGAAGUCAGUGAGGAGAGAAUUCUCUUAUCCAAAGAAUGGGCAAGACAUUCAAUGAAAAAUCACCGCGAAGAACUCCAUAAAGUACAACUUCGCUCGAAAAGCAGACAGGACGCACUUCGAGAACUGAAGAAGAUAUCCACUGAGUUAUUUAAUGAAGCAAUCAAAGUAAACAGAACUAUUUUCCCGUUAGUAUUGAAUGGUCCGGUCGAGACACCGCCUUUGGAAGGGUAUGUUGCACCGGACCUUGAUGAUAUUAAUGUCAAGCAAGCAAAGAAAAGUUAAAAUUUUUAUGAUAGGUUUUUUGUAGCUGACCUUGGUAUUGGUUACUUAUUAUUGUAACGAGCAUUUUUCCUCGUUUUAGAAUUCUUUCAUCGUGUUAAAUCGGUAUGACAUGUUGCAAAAAACAGUUUUUUUGUUGAUAUUUUCGUACACGUAGCAAUGUAUUUUAAUCAGAUCAAAUCUUUCAAUAAGCUCGAUGAACAGCAUUUUCCCUUUUUUUCAAUAAUGUUUUUGCUCUUUUUGGAGACCUAUGGUUUGUUUUCCGCAAAGAUUUCUAAUCGCAUCACAUUUCUUGCCUAAAUACUGCUGCAAUGAAAUUUUC